AUGGCUGAAGCGAAGGAAAGAUGCUAUAAGAUCAUUCUAAUGGGAGAUGAAUCAACGGAGAGAGCUAGAUUGUUUAAGUACAUGGCAAAUCUGGCUCCUGAUAAGAGAAAGGAGACAAGAGACAGUUGGACUGCUACUUUUACUGUGUCUGACAUAACUGUAGAGGUCCGUGUGAGUGACACACCCUCAAAAGUGGUGUCUCCAAAGAGCUACUACUUUUCGGCGGAUGGUGCUAUACUCGUGUACGACACUACGGAUCUGGAGACACUGAACAAUCUACAGCACUGGCUCAAAAUGCUGAGAUGGGCGAGGGGGAAAAUGCAACCAGUAUGUGCUCUAUGGGGUAACAAAGGCUCUGGUUGGAAUUCUGUUGAGGAGGCCAAUGUAACUGGUUUUCAAGAUAGGAACGAGGAGAAAGUUCGUCUAUUAGCUAAAGUGGAUGUUUCCAAUGACGAUGGUCAUAUCAUGGAACAAUUUAAUGAGCUAUUAAAAGAAAUUCAUUUUACUCACACAAAGAGUUAUCCGUCGCUGCGACAGAAUACCGGAAUAGAUACUGGCAGUGUUGUGCAUUUGGAUGAUUAUUCGAAUGAAAGUAAAACUGGAAAGAGUGGAUGCUCGUGUUGA